AUGGCAGCCGAACCGAUAUCCAAUGUCAUCGCCGGCAACAAUAAGAAGGUUGCCUACUUCUAUGAUUCGGAUGUGGGCAACUACGCCUACGUCUCGGGUCAUCCUAUGAAACCCCAUCGCAUACGCAUGACCCACAGUCUGGUCAUGAACUACGGCUUGUACAAGAAGAUGGAAAUUUAUCGCGCGAAACCAGCUUCGAAAUAUGAGAUGACCCAGUUCCACACCGAUGAAUAUAUCGACUUCCUUUCAAAAGUUACCCCAGAUAAUAUGGACCAGUUCUCUAAAGAGCAGAGUCGGUACAAUGUCGGAGAUGAUUGCCCGGUAUUUGACGGUCUGUUUGAAUUUUGUGGAAUCAGUGCUGGUGGAAGUAUGGAAGGUGCCGCACGAUUGAACCGCAAUAAGUGCGAUGUUGCUGUCAACUGGGCCGGUGGUCUCCAUCACGCGAAAAAGAGUGAGGCUAGUGGUUUCUGUUAUGUUAAUGACAUUGUGCUCGGUAUUCUAGAGCUGCUACGAUUCAAGCAGCGUGUGCUUUAUGUCGACAUUGACGUCCAUCAUGGUGAUGGUGUUGAAGAAGCCUUCUAUACCACAGACCGCGUGAUGACAGUAUCAUUCCAUAAAUAUGGCGAGUACUUCCCUGGUACCGGUGAACUUCGCGAUAUCGGCGUUGGGUCAGGAAAGUACUAUGCCAUUAACUUCCCCCUUCGUGAUGGUAUCAAUGAUACGUCAUAUAAGAGCAUUUUUGAACCCGUCAUCAAGAGUGUCAUGGAAUGGUACCGCCCAGAGGCUGUAGUCUUACAAUGUGGUGGUGAUAGCUUGUCUGGCGAUCGUCUUGGCUGCUUCAACCUGAGCAUGCGUGGACACGCAAACUGCGUCAACUUCAUGAAAAGUUUCGAUCUGCCAACCCUGAUUCUCGGUGGCGGUGGUUAUACCAUGCGCAAUGUUGCACGUACCUGGGCCUUUGAAACCGGUAUCCUUGUUGGCGACAACCUGGAAUCUGAACUGCCAUACAAUGACUACUACGAGUAUUUCGCACCCGACUAUGAACUUGAUGUCCGCCCUUCCAAUAUGGAUAAUGCCAACACGAAAGAUUAUUUGGACAAGAUUCGUAGCCAGGUCGUUGAAAACCUUAAGCGCACAGCAUUUGCGCCUUCGGUCCAGAUGACAGACGUGCCCCGUAAUCCACUUGUGGAUGGCAUGGACGACGAGGCUGAUGACAUUAUGGAUGAUCUUGACGAGGACGAGAAUAAGGACAAGCGAUUCACUCAACGACGUUUUGAUCAGUACGUGGAGAAGGCUGGUGAGCUCAGUGAGAGUGAAGACGAGGAGGAAAACGCCGCGAACGGUGUACGCCGUCAACCGGGUGCUAUUCGCCGUCGAAACCAAACCAAUUACAGGAACUUGGAUGAUUCUGGUCUCGACAGCGGUAUGGCUACUCCACAGGAAGCAUCUUCUGUUGGGGAUGGAGAAUUAGAAUCUACACUGGAUACCAAGAUGGCCGACAUUCCACGAACCGAGCCUGAGACAUCGGCUGCUGCCGCGAGCUCUAAUGAUCAAGAUACUCCCGCCGAUGCCGACAAGAUGACGGUGGAAGACGAGGAGAAGGGACCAUCCACCUCUGCAUCUCAACAACCUUCCCCUCCCCCGCAUGACGAGGACACAACAAUGGAAGACGCAGCUGCCCCUGCUCCAGAUACCGAAUUGUCCGGCCCUACAACCGAUGCACCGGGUGCCAAGUCUGAGGCAUCUGCCACGGAAGAUGCUUUCAAGGCAGCGGGGUCCCCGUCCCAAGCACCAUCCUCUCCCAAGGCAGGGAAAGGUGACGAGGAAUCUAAGGAAAACUCUACUGGAAAUGCGGAACCUCAAGCAACAACCACAGAGUCCACUGAACCACCUACUAAGCAAGAACAGUAA